GCGGAAGCGGCGGGUGGCCCAUCCCCGGCCCCGCCUCGCCGCGCCGCUCGCUGCCGGGCUAUCACUGACGUGUCGCUCGGCAGAGGAAACGCGCUCCGGAGCUAGCAGCAUCGGCUCACUCGAAGUGGAGCGCACCUGAAGCAGGGCGUGGAGUCGGAUCAGCCGCCGCCAUGGCGAUCAAAUUUCUGGAAGUCAUCAAGCCAUUCUGUGUCAUCCUGCCGGAAAUUCAGAAGCCAGAGAGGAAGAUUCAGUUUAAGGAGAAAGUGUUGUGGACAGCUAUUACCCUCUUCAUCUUCUUAGUAUGCUGCCAGAUUCCCCUGUUUGGCAUCAUGUCUUCAGACUCCGCCGACCCUUUCUAUUGGAUGCGAGUGAUUCUAGCCUCUAACAGAGGUACCUUGAUGGAGCUGGGCAUCUCUCCUAUUGUCACCUCUGGCCUUAUCAUGCAGCUCUUAGCUGGUGCCAAGAUCAUUGAAGUUGGGGACACCCCAAAAGACCGAGCUCUCUUCAAUGGAGCCCAAAAGUUGUUUGGCAUGAUCAUUACUAUCGGUCAGUCCAUUGUGUAUGUGAUGACGGGCAUGUACGGGGACCCUUCGGAGAUGGGUGCUGGAAUCUGCCUGCUGAUCACCAUUCAGCUCUUUGUUGCUGGCUUAAUUGUCCUACUUUUGGAUGAACUCCUGCAGAAAGGCUACGGCUUGGGUUCUGGUAUCUCCCUCUUCAUUGCUACCAAUAUCUGUGAGACCAUUGUGUGGAAGGCUUUCAGCCCCACCACGGUCAACACCGGCCGAGGGAUGGAGUUCGAAGGCGCCAUCAUCGCACUGUUCCACCUGCUGGCCACCCGCACAGACAAGGUCCGAGCCCUUCGAGAGGCGUUCUACCGCCAGAAUCUCCCUAACCUCAUGAACCUGAUCGCCACCAUCUUUGUCUUUGCUGUUGUCAUCUAUUUCCAGGGCUUCCGAGUGGACCUUCCAAUCAAGUCGGCGCGUUACCGAGGCCAGUACAACACCUAUCCCAUCAAGCUCUUCUACACCUCGAACAUCCCCAUCAUCCUGCAGUCCGCUCUGGUGUCCAACCUGUAUGUCAUCUCCCAGAUGUUGUCAGCACGCUUCAGCGGCAACCUGCUAGUUAGCCUGCUGGGCACUUGGUCGGACACAUCAUCUGGGGGCCCAGCCCGUGCUUAUCCAGUUGGUGGCCUGUGUUACUACCUGUCUCCUCCGGAAUCAUUUGGCUCAGUGCUGGAGGACCCUGUCCAUGCUGUUGUGUACAUUGUAUUCAUGCUGGGAUCCUGUGCGUUCUUUUCUAAAACAUGGAUUGAAGUUUCGGGUUCUUCUGCCAAAGACGUUGCAAAGCAGCUGAAGGAGCAGCAGAUGGUGAUGAGGGGCCACAGAGAGACCUCCAUGGUACAUGAGCUCAACCGGUACAUCCCCACAGCUGCAGCCUUUGGCGGGCUGUGCAUUGGGGCCCUCUCAGUCCUGGCUGACUUCCUGGGUGCUAUUGGGUCUGGAACCGGGAUCCUGCUGGCAGUCACCAUCAUCUACCAAUAUUUCGAGAUCUUCGUCAAGGAGCAGAGCGAGGUGGGCAGCAUGGGAGCCCUUCUCUUCUGAGCCUUGUGUGCCCAUGGACCAGGGUGAGGGCACGGGCUCCAGAACUGCCCGGAAAGGGUGCUCUUACCACUGGAGCAUGCUACCGUGGCAUGGGGACUUUCAAAUUUUUUUAUUAUUUUUUUUUAAUUUCAUAUCUUUUCAUUCCACUGUGUAAAGUGCUAGGAAAUUUCCAAUUUGAAAUUUUGCUUUUUAUUCUGGCAUUGGCAAAAAAACAAUAGAAGUGAAUUGUUAGCUGAUGGCCAGAGGGUGUGGUAACCGAUUGUUCCCAAGUAUCCGAUGUAAUUUUUAUUUAAACCCUUGCACUUCUCAGUGCCUGGCAGCUGCAAGGGUCCCAACUGCCCCAGGCAGUCUGUGGCCCUGGUUGAAGGAAGCACAAACUAGGAGAUGUCUGCAUCUCAUCUGGGCCGCAGAAAACGGCUGCAAACAGAUGUGUCUUCUGGGGACCUGCUUAUGGGGAACUUCGAGCUCAGGGUGAGGACAUCUGGCUUAGGACUCUGUAAGAUGCCAUCAAUCUGUAAAGCGGUUUCAUAAGAUAGAGCUGCUACUGGAGGAAUACAUGCCCCAGAAGCUAGCCUGCCUGUUACCCUGCAUGUGCUGUGGGUGGUGCAGCUGAGCAUGCAGACGGGUGAGGAACAGCAGGAUCUGCCUGCCUGCCAUUGCCAGCAAGGCGGGCAUUCCAGGCUUUACCUGGAGCCUAGCCAAGCUAGGUAGCUGGGCACAUGUAAAAGGCCUCAUGCUUGCCCUUUCCUGGUUCCCACUAGAAAGGGAGCUCCUGUGGUGGCCACCUCUGUCUUCCUACUGGGAACUUCCUGUUCCAGUUUUUAGAAUUUUUUUUUAAUUGUCGUUAGGACCAAAUGUAGACUGGCCCAGGACCUGUAGGAAAAUCACACCAGGGUUUAGAGAUCUCUUAGGGAAGUGGCUCAAAAUCCUGUCUGGAGUUAGGUGUCUAGGGUAACAGAUAAUGUGGGCCUGAGGGUUAGAAGCUCAGGCCUGUAGGAGAGGCCCCUCUCAAGACAGAUACUGCCUAGCAGCAAGGGUGCAGGGCUGCGGUUUGAAGUCAGAGCAAGUAGAGAUUGUCAGCUUACCUUAAGACACAGGAGGGUCCAAAUUGUUCUCACAAGGGAGCAAGAUCCCUGGGGGGUGUGCAGCCAUGUGCUCACAGCCUGCCAGCUACACCUGGGUCCUUCUCACCUCAGUGGAAGUAGCAAAUGCCUCCCUGACCCAGGGCUCCUAGGGACCCUUGCUGCUUUGCUUGCCAGCCAAUGGCAAUCCAGGGACAAUUAAUCACUUGCCCCUACACAGGUCAGCAGCAGGGCCAAUCCCUUGCCCACGGCCCAGGACUCACACCAUAUCACAUGUGGCCUUGUCUAGACCCAGUCCUGAGCAGAGGGGCCUGGUGCCCUCCCAGUCCACAGGGUCUUCCCACUGCCCUUCCUCUGCCACUGCCACAGAGUAGCAGGGCCUCCCACCUACCCCAGGGACUCCACAGCUUCUGGCAGGCAGGUGCAGAGUCCCCAGCUCUGGGCUGUGCUGGGGAGCCCACAGCCUCAUCUGCUGCGGUAGCCAUCAGCUGGGCCUAGUAGCCAGUGGUUGAUGGUCACCAUUAGUGGGUGAGUGGGGAUGACCUGGCUUCCAAGAGGACUGUCACUGUGGACACCAAAAUGGCUUAACUGAGAUACAGUGAAAAGUGACAAAUAAAACCGACUUUUUACAA